AUGGCUGGUGAUUCUGAGAAGCCCAGCAGAAUUAGAUACCAAUUUCUUGUGUCAUGCUUCAGCAAAAGAACACAGAGAGAUAUCCCAUCAUCAUCUUCAUCAGAGUCGUCCAAUUUCUGUCUGAAUGAUCUGCAAGAUCUAUUGAUUGAAGUUUUUCAAAGGCUACCCACGACCAAAUCUGCCUUUCUUUGCAAGUGUGUCUGCAAGAAUUGGUACUCUAUGAUUUCCACUCCUUAUUUUGCUUGUCGCUUUAUAACCCACAAUUUCAAUAGUCGAUACAAGCAAAAACCAUCUGCUCUUAUCGUCAAUUAUAUCAAUGACCGCAAUGGUAUUGGACUACUCACAUUAUCUGAUGAACCCAUGUUCAAAUCUGAAGGAUUUGAGCUCAACUAUCUCCCCGAGAGAAAUGGAUCGGUUAGGGUUUCAGCUGUUUUCAAUGACUUGAUGGUGUGCUCGGUAGAUGAGUUUGGAUAUGGGAAAUUACGAUUUUAUAUAUGUAAUCCAUUUACAAUGCAAUGGGUUUCCCUCCCUUCGCUUGACUAUGGAAUAGACAUAGUAUAUCCGAGCCGAGUGGGAUUUGUUUGUGAGCCUUACUAUUUUGAAGAUAGUCGAGGAAAAUGUACCAUCAAUUGCAGAUAUCGGUUCAGGGUAGUUCAAUUUUUUUAUAAACAAACGGAUAGACAAUUAAUUGUUUGGACAUGUUGUUCUGAGACUCAAACAUGGUGCAAAUCAGUUUUUGAAGUUUUAGAAUAUAGAUGGUUGAAGAAUGUUGUUGCAUACAAUGGGAAGUUGCUUUGGUACAGUGGCAAGCAUGUUGUUGCUUAUGAUCCCUUCAAUCUAGAGCUAUCCACCUUUAUUGAUUGCUUUCAUAUUACUGGUGAUUCUCGCAUUACGGUGUUUCGGGGCGUUCUGCGUUUGAUGGAAUUGGUAGAUUUGGGCACUAGUUGGAGUUUGGCAAUUUGGAAACUCAAGGAUUAUAAUAAGGGGGAAUGGAGCUUGGAGAACCAGGUUGAUCUUCAUACAAUGAUUCCUGAAAGUUCCUUGGUCCAGGAAAUUGUAGAUGAUGUAUACCAAGUGUGCGAACUGCUGGGUUGUGAUGGGGAUAUUGUAUACUUGCAAUUCGAAACUUCUGUCCUCUCAUGCAACAUGCGGACGAAGGAGUUGAAAAUGGCGGGUAAGAUUCCAGGUGAAAGCUACUUCUAUUGUCUCGAAAAGGCCUUCCAUAUUGAACUCCCAUUGUGGCCUACUCCAAUUGCCUCACCAAAUUGA